UAAGGUUUGAUGAGAAGCCUGUGAAGCAAAAUCAGGACAAACUCUCCUACUAUUCCUCAUGUGUUUCUUGCGAAUUUUGAAUUUCAGUUUCUGCAGAGCUUAUUGAACUUGAAGAUACGCAGGUAAGAAUGUGCAUGUGCUACAGGCUCUGGGACUGAAAUUGGAAGCGGAAAUCUACAGGACUGGACAUACAGGUGUGCAUCCAUAAUAACUCUACUCACUCUUCUUGAACCAAAUCAGCUGAACUGGAUCCAUCAGUAAGGAAUAUGAAAGAUACCUAAGAGUUAAAAAUAUUACAAGGGAACAUAAGAUUUUCGUUUGCAACAUAUUGUUUCCUCUGAAGAGUACCAGUUGGAAUCAAGAGCAGAAUGAAUUGUUGCUCAUUGAUGCCUUUUAUGUUGGGAAUUCCUCUCCUAUGGCCUUGCCUCAUGGCAAGAGAAAGCCCUAAAACAGAGGAAGUUAAGCACCCAGCGGGAUCUCCUUUGAGAGUGAGGCGGGGCUGGAUGUGGAACCAGUUUUUUGUACCAGAGGAAAUGAAUAAGACUAGACAUCACAUUGGCCAGCUAAGAUCUGAUUUAGACAAUGGAAACAAUUCUUUCCAGUACAAGCUUUUGGGAGCUGAAGCUGGAAGCAUUUUUGUCAUUGAUGAAAGAACAGGUGACAUAUAUGCUGUACAGAAGCUUGAUAGAGAGGAACGGUCCCUCUACACUCUAAGAGCCCAGGUAAUAGACACCACUACUGGAAGGGCUGUGGAACCUGAGUCUGAGUUUGUCAUCAGAGUGUCGGAUAUCAAUGACAAUGAACCAAAAUUCCUAGAUGAACCCUAUGAGGCCAUUGUACCAGAGAUGUCUCCAGAAGGAACAUUCGUUAUCCAGGUGACGGCAAGUGAUGCUGAUGACCCUUCCAGUGGCAACAAUGCUCGUCUCCUGUACAGCUUACUACAGGGCCCACCGUAUUUCUCCAUUGAACCAACAACAGGAGUCAUAAGAAUAUCUUCUAAAAUGGAUAGAGAACUGCAAGACGAAUAUUGGGUGAUUAUUCAAGCCAAAGACAUGAUCGGUCUGCCUGGAGCACUGUCUGGGACAACAAGUGUAUUAAUCAAACUUUCUGAUGUUAAUGACAAUAAACCUAUAUUUAAAGACAGUUUAUACCGCUUUUCUGUCUCUGAAUCUGCACCCGUUGGGACGUCACUAGGAACAAUCAUGGCAUAUGAUAAUGACAUAGGAGAGAAUGCAGAAAUGGAUUAUAGCAUCGAAGAGGAUUCAGAAACAUUCGACGUCAUUACUAAUAAUGAGACCCAAGAAGGAAUAAUUAUAUUAGAAAAGAAAGUGGACUUUGAGCACCAGAACCACUAUCGGAUUAGAGCAAAAGUUAAAAACCGCCAAGUUGAGGAGCAGCUCAGGAAAUACCAUACCGAGGCUUCCACCACCGUCAUCAAGAUCCAGGUGGAAGAUGUUGAUGAGCCUCCUGUUUUCCUUCUCCCAUAUUACAUAUUUGAAAUCGCUGAAGGGAGUUCGCACGGAUCCUUUGUAGGCACAGUCUCUGCCGCAGAUCCAGAUCAGAGGAAAUCUCCUAUCGGGUAUUCUAUUACCAGAAGCAAGGUGUUCAAUAUUGAUGACAACGGUACAGUCUUCACAACUAACCUUCUUGAUCGAGAGAUUAGUGCUUGGUAUAACCUAAGUGUUACAGCCACAGAAAAAUACAAUAUAGAACAGAUUUCUGCAGUCCCUGUCUAUGUGCAAGUUCUUAACAUCAAUGAUCAUGCUCCUGAGUUCUCUGAAUACUAUGAGACUUAUGUUUGUGAAAAUGCAGUCUCUGGUCAGGUGAUUCAGACCAUCAGUGCAGUGGAUAGAGAUGAAUCCAUAGAAGAUCACCAUUUUUACUUUAAUCUAUCUGUGGAAGAAAAUAACUCAAGUUUUACAAUUAUAGAUAAUCAAGAUAACACAGCUGUAAUUUUGACUAAUAGAACUGGUUUUAGCCUUCAAGAAGAGCCUGUCUUCUAUGUAUCCAUCCUAAUUGCCGACAAUGGAAUCCCACCACUUACAAGUACAAACACCCUUACCAUACACGUCUGUGACUGUGGUGAUUCCAGCAGCACACAGACCUGCAGUGAUAAGGAUCUUAUGCUUUCCAUGGGAUUCAGGACAGAAGUCGUAAUUGCCAUUCUCAUAUGCAUUAUGAUAAUAUUUGGGUUUAUUUUUUUGAAUCUAGGUCUGAGACAACGAAGGAAACAGACUCUAUUUCCUAAGAAAAGUGAAGAUUUCAGAGAGAAUAUAUUCAGAUAUGAUGAGGAAGGUGGUGGAGAGGAGGAUACAGAGGCCUUUGACAUCAUGGAGCUGCGGGGUAGCACGGUCAUGCGGGAACGCAAGACUCGGAGAAGCACCAGGGCAGAGAUUCAGAGCCUGUACAGGCAGUCUUUGCAGGUUGGCCCAGAUAGUGCUGUAUUCAGGAAGUUCAUUCUAGAAAAGCUCGAAGAGGCUAACACUGACCCCUGUGCCCCUCCUUUUGACUCCCUCCAGACCUAUGCUUUUGAGGGAACAGGGUCCUUAGCUGGAUCCCUGAGCUCCUUAGGGUCAGCAGUCUCUGAUCAGGAUGAAAACUACGAUUACCUUAAUGAACUGGGACCUCGCUUUAAAAGAUUAGCGUGCAUGUUUGGUUCUGCUAUGCAGUCAAAUAAUUAGGGCUUUGUUAUUAAUAAAUUUUUUAAAAUGCUAAUGUGUAUUUGGGCAGACUGGUAGUUGCUUAGUAAAGAGUUGUGUACUCUAGUUCUCUGGGAAAGGGAAAAGAGAUAUAAUGUUCUCUGAUUUUCUUGGAGUAAAUAUCACAUGGUUACUUCAAGCAACCCACAUAUUGUCCGAUUGCAGAUAUGGGAAGUGAAGGUAACAAUGUGGGCCAGCGCUAGAGUGCCCCCGAAAUACCCUUCUGGGAUCUUUUCAAUAUCAUCCAAUACAAAUCCUCAAAAUUGUUGAAUGCUUAAUGUAAAAAGGACACUGAACUAGAUUUCAUUUACCCAGUUUUUAAAUCUUACAAAGUAAGAGUGCAGAGUUUAUGUGUGUUAAAUUCUUGAUACUCUACAGAGAUAUAUACAUAGAUAGAUACUCUAGGAGAAUCUGGGUCGUUAUAUACAACUUUUAAAAACUAUUUCUUUUUUAUAAAUAAGCAAGCUUCUGACUGAGAGUCUAUGAUUCAUUCUAGUUUGAUAUUUUAAAAUUGUCGUCAAGACCACAUUUCAAAGCUGAUUUCAAAUUUAGACAGUUGCUUGGUAUCUGUUAGUUAAUCAAAGAUAUAGUGUAAAUUUGUAUUCUGUUUGAUAUUAGAGCUUUAUAUAAAAAAGGGUAUAAACUAUGUUUAGGAGAUUUUCAUAAGUUAUUUUCUUAUGUAUCCAAAAUACAUCUUUAUCAUGUCACAAUAUGACAAAAUACAUGUCAACAUUUAUUCAACAUUAAAUUUGAACUUUAUGAAAA